AUGUCCUUACCUUUGAUGCUCAGUGUCGUGCUGUUGACUUCGAGGGACCACUUCCUCUCUGUUUGCCCCACCACACUCACCGUUGACCUCCUCGAGGAGCGCCUCCAAGUCGCUGUAGGAGCCUCUAGAGGUGACCCGCGUGCCCCUGUCUUUGAGGGGUGCUCCCCCACACCCCUUUUGCCCUCUGUUGCCUCUGCUGCUGCCGUCGACUUCGUUGGCAACGAGUCGCGAGGUGGGGGUACUAGUCCCAGUACCUACGUCCUCCGUACCCGCGACCGCGCUGGUGAGCAGUGCGGGGGCUCGCACUCCACCCAGCGCUGCUUCGGCCGCCUGACGGACGCUUGGCGUCUCCAGUUCCCUGACGCCACUGAGAUCCCUUGCUGGGGAGAGCUGUCUAGGGCGGGGGUUGCUAUCUUUGAUCUUGACUAUGAUGCUAUUCUUGCUGCCAUGUAUGCUGUGUCUACUACUGAUGAGGGUGACUGUUACCUGUCUGUUCCGCCUGACCCGGGCAUUGAGGCUGCUGCUCUAGGUGCUAGAGAGGCUGCUGCUCUAGGUGCUAGUGCGUCUGCUGCCCCAGGUGCUGGUGAGUCUGCUCUCUCAGGUACCACGUCGGCUAAGGCCUUACACACCUUCACCCUUGACUCGGGUGCUUCCCGCUCCUUCUUUCGAGACCGCACCAUGCUUACGCCGCUUAGUCGGCCGGUUGCGGUCUCCCUGGCGGACCCCUCUGGGGGUCCUGUCCUUGCUUGCUUCUCCACUGUCUUACCGUGUCCGGCAGCCCCCUCUGGCACCCUGUCAGGUCUCUACCCCCCCUCGUUCUCUACGAACUUGGUGAGUGGUGCUAAUCUACAGGAUGGGGGGGUUGACCAGUAG